AUGGAUCACCAAACAACAACCACUACCUCCUCCCUUUACUCAUGUACCACAACCACUCCUUCCGUUCACUUUGCGGAAACAACUACUACGACUUUAGUUCCUGCUCAUCCUUUCGAUGCCGAUGAUGAUGAGGAACCUCCUCUUCCUUCAGAUGAUACUGUUUCUGUGAGAUCGAGAGUAACCAGUAAGGAUCGAAACCCUCAGCGCUUCUCACCACGACCGCUUUCAUUAGCUGGUGAAAUUGUUUCACCCUUUUCUCAAGCUCUUUACUCUGGUACUUAUGAACACUUGGGAGAGUUAACCGACAACUCUCUUUCCAAGAUAGAGAAGAGAUCAAAGCAUUUGAGUUGUUCUUCGGUGAUGGAAUUUUCAGAUCUGUUGAAGCAGGCUGGAGUGAAUUUGGAAGAUUUGCAAGAUGAAGAUUGGGACGAUGACAGUAAUGAAGAAGAUAAUGACACGGUUGGGACAGACAACACUGUUCAUAAUGAAACUGCACAACAAUAUUUCCUUAAUACCAUCGCCAACAAUGCAAACUUUGUGGAAGAGUACGAUAGCGAUCCGGAAACCUUCACGGCCACCAGAGAUUCGAUGAAAGUUGAGGUGGAUGAACAUGACUUAAAAACUCGGAGAAAUCCUUCACAAACAUUUACACCUCCUCCCCUCAAUAAUCGAAAGAGCAUGAGUCACUUAUUUAAGUUUUCAAGCAGUGAAACAAAAGAAACUGAUGGAAUGAAUCUCUCUAGGUCGGCCAUGUGUGAUUUUCCUGUUGGAAUGGGCAUUGAGGUACAAUCUCCUCCCUCUUCCUCACCACAGCAAGAUUCCCCGUCUCCCACGUCCAGUAAUACUUCGCCCACUAUGUUAUCUGUUCCAACCACACCUCAAGCAAGAAGAAGUUCUGUAAAGCGAAAAAAGAGCAUUCGUUCGAAUGAUUUUAUGAAAGGUGGAAGAUAUAUGUCCAAAGAUUUUUUCUCUACUCUUUUCAAAAAAGGAGAAAUUAAGGAAUUUGGAGUAGAUUUAUUAACAGUCAUGUCCCGUAAAAGCGAAAUGGGCCACGAAAUACCAGCACUCAUAGAAGAAAUGAUGGUUGUGAUAUCUGAAAGACUUUCAGUAGAAGGAUUAUUUAGAAUUGGUGGAAAUGUGAAGGACAUGGAAAUACUGGUAAAGAAAAUCGAUUCAGGAAAGGUUGUGGAGUUAAGAUCUCUUAAUAUUCAUGUCAUUACUGGACUCACAAAAAAAUAUAUUCGGCAAGCCAAAUUAAUUCCUCCUCAGUCUUAUCAUAUUUUCAAGAGAAUAGCACAACUUGACAAUGAAGAAGAAAUAAUUAAGGAGCUGGCGAACGUAUUUCAAGAUGUAUCUAUCAUACCUUAUUAUAAUUGUUUGUUAUUGAAUAGAUUGUUACAUUUAUUGUAUCAUAUCCAUUGCAAGAGCAAUGAAAAUCAAAUGACGGCUAGCAACUUGGCAAUAAUUUUUGCUCCUAAUUUAUUUCAGGAGGACCCUAAUGCAAGUACAGCCACAAUUAGCUCCUCUCUCGUUCUUCAAACAAAGGGAACAAAACUCAUCACGAUCAUGAUCGAAAAAUAUCAAGAAGUGUUUAGGGAACUGUUCGAGAAAAUUAAGGCUAAUAAGGACUUUAUUCCUCUCGCUGUAAAAGAGUCAAUCUCAAAGAAUGAAUCAAAACAUUCAACGACAUCCUCUAAUAACACCAACAGUGUAGACAACAGUGGUUUUAUUAUCUUGAAAGGAUUCUUGUCAAAGAAAACCAAGGUUAAAUCAUGGAAAAGAAGAUUUAUUGUUUUAACCAAGACACAUUUGAUGGUGUUAGAAGAUGAAGACACUUCAAAAAAGGCUUUAGACUUUUUGGAUUUAUCAAAAUCAUACAUCGAGAAUAAUUAUGAGAAGAAAGAUCACACCUUUAAAAUAUGUUUGAAAACCGACCCGCAAUCUUCUCACCUUGAAGAAGCAAAGGAAAUAAUUCUUAAAGCAGAAAAUGAAACUGAAAAAAACCAAUGGUUCAACUCAAUUCAAGAACGGAUAGAUGCACUUCAAACUAACCAGGCUGUAAUCUCAAUUCAUUGA